AUACUUUAGGUCCUAAAACAUAAACCCUCUCUCUCUCUCUGCAAUCUCACUUUCCAUAUACUCACUUAUUUGGAUCUGUGCCCGAGAAAUGGCAAAUCCAUUGGAGGCCGAUCCAUAUGUGCCGCCGGCGAACGACUUUGCCGGUGCCUUGGAUCCACCUCUGGACCAAGGAAACAGCAAUAACAGUAGUAACAGCAUUUGUGAUGAAGCAUUUAACAACGAAUUCAUGUUCGAUGACCUCGACUUUGACUUAGAUAUCAUCUUCCCUCCUGAUGAUGCUGCCAUUCUCAACAACUCCAAUUCUCUUGAAGCGGGUCAGAUUGACCCAAAAGGGUUUGGUCACCAGCUGAUCCAAGGUUUUAACGAUUCUUCUCGGGUUUUCAAGUCGUCUCCGGAAUUGCGUCAUGUUUCCGUCGCCGGAGGUACGUCCGAGGCGUGUCAUAGCUCCGGAGGUCAAGCUUCGAGUGGGUCCCUUGUUAUGACUGCAGUUUCGAACCAAAUCUCAGAUGUCUCUGGAUACCUGAAUGUGCCGUCUCCUCCCGAGUCCAAUGGGUCUAAUCACGAGGAUUCUGGAAAUGACAGCAAGGAGGGUUCCCAUGAUUCGAACUGCCCUUCACCGGAGUCGCAGGGUUCUGGCAAUUGUGGCUCCCAUGUCUCUGAAGAAGCUUUCAAUUAUCCCAGCAAAUCGGUAACUUCUUCUCCCAUAAAAUGUGUAGUAGUAGUAGAACAGAACAUAAUUAAAUUAGAGGAAAUGAUGAAUACAAAAGAUAAUAAGUGUAGCUCCAUAUUGAAGAGGAAAAAAGUGAGUGAAGAAGAUUCAAAUAAUGUAAGCAAAUACCAAAAAUCUAAUUAUGUGGCUGAAUGUAGCAAUGUGUUUAAUAGUGAAGGAGGGGAUGAAAAGAGAAAAGCAAGAUUGAUGAGGAAUAGGGAAAGUGCUCAGCUUUCUAGGCAAAGGAAAAAGCAUUACGUUGAGGAGUUAGAGGAUAAGGUGAGGACUAUGCAUUCAACUAUUCAAGAUCUGAAUGCUAAGAUAUCAUACAUAAUGUCCGAGAAUGCCACCUUAAGGUCACAGAUGGGACCAGUGCCUUCCCAGAUGCCACCACCCCCCCCUGGGAUGUACCCCGUGAUGUAUCCUUGGAUGCCUUGUGCUCCUCCUUAUAUGGUGAAGCCACAAGGAUCACAAGUGCCUUUGGUUCCUAUUCCUAGGUUGAAACCACAAGCUGCGGCUCCUGCACCCAAGGGUAGUAAGAAAGUAGAGAUUAAGAAGAGUGAGAUGAAAACCAAGAAGGUUGCGAGUGUUAGUUUCCUUGGCUUGUUGUUCUUCAUGCUCCUAUUUGGUGGAUUAGUUCCUGUGAUAAAUAUGAGAUACGGAGGAGUGAGAGAACCUUUUACAAGUGGAGAUCUUUCUGGAAGUGGGCACAAUGAAAGGCAUCGUGGAAGAGUUUUGGCUGUUGAUGGGCAAGUGAAUGGGAGUAGUUAUUCACGGAAACACAAUGGGAGGGAUUAUGGCACUAAUUGUGGUCGGAGAGGUCAGGGAGGAGAUGGUCAGCCAAAUUUCAAUAGCGGCACAGAUGAGUUUGUUCGCUCGGGCAAUGAUAGUGAGCCUCUAAUGGCCUCAUUGUAUGUUCCCAGGAAUGAUAAACUUGUGAAGAUUGAUGGAAACUUGAUCAUUCAUUCUGUUUUGGCAAGUGAGAAAGCCAUGGCAUCUCAUAGAAGUGAAGAUAAGAAAAACAGGGGUGAGACCGGUCUUGCGGUUCCUGGAGAUUUGGCCCCUGCCAUCCCAGGAAGGCAUUCCCAUCAUUACCGCAGUCCUACUGAUGGAAAACGGGCUCUUGGCUCUGGGGAUAAAGAGAAAGCAAAGUCCACUGUGCAGCAAUGGUUCCUUGAAGGUGUUGCUGAGCCUAUGUUAAGUUCAGGCAUGUGUACUGAAGUGUUCCAGUUUGAUGUGUCCUCAUCUCCAGGAGGCAUAGUUCCUGUUACCACUGCGAGGAACGUUUCUAUGAAGCAGAGGCAGAAUGCUACUACACGCACCAACAAGGGGAGAAAUAGAAGGAUCCUUAAUAGUCUUUCUGUUCCUGUUUCGGGAGUAACUCACAGCAUUUCUGAAGAACAUGUUGGAGGAAGUGGAAAGAACGAUGACUUUACUGGAAAUAAUUCACUUUCUUCAAUGGUUGUCUCUGUGCUAGUUGAUCCAAGAGAGGCAGGUGAUGCUGAUGGUGAUGGAAUGAUGGGACCAAAAUCCAUCUCUAGGAUUUUUGUUGUUGUAUUGAUAGAUAGUGUGAAGUAUGUCACCUACUCUUGUAUGCUUCCUUUUAAAGGAUCUGUUCCUCUAGUGACUACCUGAAGAUGGAGAAAGUUAUGUUGUAGAAGCAUCUUACUGAUCCCUGAACAAUUUUGUAGAUUCAGGUCAAAUAUAGUCUUUACUCACUACAACAAAAAGUAGUUUUACUGGCAA